CCCGAAACUCGGUAACCCCCCCGGCUUGUGCCGCCGUGCUGUAGCGGCUCCCAUCGCGCAGGUCUGUGGCGGAGCCGCUGCAGCUCCUCCCUCUGCCUCUGUCGCCAUGUUGUCGGUGCUCCUCUAGCCCAAGCUCAGUUCGAGAGGGGAGGGGGGAGAGGGCGACACUUCCACUGAACGUACCACGUACAAACCAAAACCAUUAAAACACCGACAUCCACCAAAAAACAAAACAAAGUCUGUAUAUAAUAAUAAUCCAUCGCCAUCCAGCAGCACGGCCUGUUUCUCCGUGGAAUGAGCAUUCCAUGCGUCCUCCUAGGCAUGAAUGAAGUGGCCUGGCAGGACACUCGGGGAGGAAUGAUGCAUGCGAAUGGUGCUCAGGAGGCCGGUGCAGUUGGGGUUGGGGUCCCUGUGCCAGGAUCCUUACCUGGUGCUGGGGGUGGGCCGGGUCCAGGGGGUGCACCCCCUCUACAGGUUCUGGGCGGCGGCUCCACCCCGCACUCUCUUCCGCCGGCCGCUGUCGUAGGCGCCCCGGGGGUGCAGCCUCCUUUAAGUGGGCGCUCCCAGGACGAUGCCACAGUGGGUUACUUCUUCCAGCGGCAACCAGGAGAGCAGCUCGGGGGUUACACCAGCAAGCACCGCUGGCCCACGGGGGACAGUAUUCACAUAGACCAGGUUCGAUCUGUGGAUGAGAUGAAUCAUGACUUUCAAGCUCUUGCACUGGAAUCUAGAGGAAUGGGUGAGCUGCUGCCGGCGAAAAAAUUCUGGGAAUCUGAUGAGCCAACUAAAGAUGGACAAAAAGGGAUUUUCUUGGGAGAUGAGUGGAGGGACAAUGCAUGGGGGCCAUCACAUCAUUCUGUAUCACAGCCCAUUAUGGUGCAGCGGCGGCCUGGACAAGGUUUCCAUGGCAACAGUGAGGUGAGCUCGGUCCUGUCUCCGCGCUCUGAAAGUGGGGGUCUAGGAGUCAGCAUGGUGGAGUACGUACUCAGCUCUUCUCCUGGAGACAAGCUGGACUCCCGCUACAGGAAGGGGGCUUUUGGUGCUGGCGAUGUGGAUGCAGAUGGGGCAGAGAAGAGUGACCCGAAAGGCAAGUCAUCUCCGUUUGAGGAAGACAAAAGCAGAGAGAUGAAACAAGAAGAUGACGAUGCGUCCAAAGCAAAUGGUCGUGGUCUGCCCAAUGGAAUGGAUGUCGACUGCAAGGAAUUUAAUCGGACUCCUGGCAGCCGCCAGGCAUCUCCAACUGAAGUUGCAGAACGCCUGGGUCCCAGUCAGAACAACACAGAAGGGAUGGGACAGCAUCCAAACCCCGUGGUCAAUAAGGCAACCGUGGAAGAAUUCCAGAACUCGGAGGGACAGAGUAUGGACAGCAUUGAGCAAGUUGGCAUUGAAUCGCUACAGUUCGAUUAUGCAGGCACCCAAGUACAAAUGGACUCCUCUGGAGCCCCAGUGGGACUUUUUGACUACAACUCCCAGCAGCAGCUUUUCCAGCGACCCAAUGCACUGACCGUUCAGCAGCUGACUGCAGCACAGCAGCAGCAGUACGCACUGGCUGCAGCUCAACAGCAGCAUAUAGCAGGUGUGUUUUCAGCAGGCCUUGCUCCGGCUGCCUUUGUGCCAAACCCAUAUAUAAUCAGCGCGGCUCCUCCAGGCACAGACCCCUACACCGCAGCGGGCCUCGCGGCAGCUGCCACCCUGGCAGGCCCGGCUGUUGUGCCUCCCCAAUACUAUGGCGUUCCGUGGGGGGUGUAUCCAGCCAACUUGUUCCAGCAGCAAGCAGCAGCUGCAGCUGCCAGCAACUCUGCCACCCAACAGGCUGCCAGCCAAGGACAGGGACAGCAACAGGUGAUGAGAGCAGGAAGUAACCAGCGCCCUCUCACUCCGGGGCAGGGCCAGCAGGGCCAGCAAGCAGAGUCACUGGCGGCUGCAGCGGCUGCGAACCCAGCCCUGGCCUUUGGACAGGGAUUGGCCACAGGGAUGCCAGGCUAUCAGGUUUUAGCCCCGGCUGCCUAUUACGAUCAGACUGGUGCCUUGGUGGUUGGCCCUGGAGCUCGGACAGGGCUGAGCGGACCCAUGAGGCUUGUGGCUUCCGCGCCUGUGAUCAUCAGCCCUGCAGCUGCGCAAGCAGCUGCGGCAGCUUCCGCCACGGGAACGGGGAGCAGCCUGGCCGGAGCUGCCGCCGGCCUUUUCCGCCCCAUGAGCUCUCAGCCGCAGACGCAGCAGCAGCAGCCUGCGCCGCCGCCCAACAGCAACCUGCAGUCCAGCUCCUUCUACGGCAGCAGCUCCAUGUCUACUAGCUCCCAGAGCAGCUCGCUGUUCUCCCACGGUCCCGGCCAGCCCGGCAGCACCUCCCUGGGCUUCGGAAGCAACAGCUCCCUGGGGGCCGCCAUCGGAUCCGCUCUGGGAGGCUUUGGAUCCGCAGUUGCCAGCUCUGCGAGCAAUAGUGCCUCCCGGAGGGAUUCCCUCUCGGCCAGUUCCGACUUGUACAAGAGAUCUGGUAACAGCCUGGCCCCCAUCGGGCAGCCCUUUUACAACAGCCUGGGCUUCUCGUCCUCUCCCAGUCCGAUCAGCAUGCCCCUGCCCAGUCAAACUCCAGGGCACUCCCUCACGCCGCCUCCCUCCCUCUCUUCUCACGGGUCAUCGUCAAGUUUGCAUCUAGGAGGGCUAACAAAUGGAAGUGGCCGCUACAUUUCUGCUGCCCCAGGGGCGGAAGCGAAGUACCGCAGUGCCACCAGCACCUCCAGCCUGUUCAGCUCCAGCAGUCAGCUCUUCCCUCCAUCUCGGCUUCGCUACAGCAGGUCUGACAUCAUGCCGUCCGGGCGCAGCCGGCUGCUGGAGGACUUCAGGAAUAAUCGCUUCCCCAACCUUCAGCUGAGAGACCUGGUGGGCCACAUAGUGGAGUUCUCCCAAGACCAGCACGGCUCAAGGUUUAUCCAGCAGAAACUGGAGCGAGCCACUCCUGCAGAGCGACAGAUGGUUUUCAGUGAAAUUCUUCAAGCGGCAUACCAGUUGAUGACGGAUGUGUUUGGAAAUUAUGUUAUACAGAAAUUCUUUGAGUUUGGAAGUCUGGAUCAGAAGCUCGCCCUGGCAACUAGAAUCCGAGGUCACGUUCUCCCUCUCGCGCUGCAGAUGUACGGCUGCCGUGUGAUUCAGAAAGCCCUGGAGUCCAUCUCCUCAGACCAGCAGGUAAUUAAUGAGAUGGUCAGAGAGCUGGAUGGACAUGUUCUAAAGUGUGUGAAAGAUCAAAAUGGGAACCAUGUAGUACAGAAGUGCAUAGAAUGUGUUCAGCCACAGGCACUGCAGUUCAUCAUAGACGCAUUCAAGGGACAGGUGUUUGUGCUCUCCACUCACCCGUACGGCUGCCGGGUCAUCCAGAGGAUCCUGGAGCACUGCACCCAGGAGCAGACCCUGCCCAUUCUGGAGGAGCUGCACCAGCACACGGAGCAGCUUGUACAGAAAUAUCAAGGAGUUUCAUUGGAGAUGACAACCAAAACUUUUUAUACAGUGUCAAGUGAUGCCCUGUUCAAGGAUCAGUAUGGUAAUUAUGUCAUCCAACAUGUUCUGGAGCAUGGGCGACCUGAGGAUAAAAGUAAAAUUGUAGCAGAGAUCAGAGGAAAGGUUUUAGCCUUGAGUCAACACAAGUUUGCAAGCAAUGUGGUGGAGAAGUGUGUGACGCACUCCUCCCGGGCAGAGAGAGCUUUGCUGAUUGAUGAGGUUUGCUGCCAGAACGAUGGUCCCCACAGUGCCUUAUACACCAUGAUGAAAGACCAGUAUGCCAACUAUGUAGUACAGAAGAUGAUUGACAUGGCAGAGCCAGCACAGCGCAAAAUAAUCAUGCACAAGAUACGUCCUCACAUUGCGACUUUACGCAAGUACACCUAUGGAAAACACAUCUUGGCCAAACUGGAGAAGUAUUACAUGAAGAACAGCGCUGAGCUCGGGCCAAUUGGCGGACCAACUAAUGGGCUGAUGUAGGAAUGUGCACAGGCUGUCAGCCCUUCCAGGAAUCAGGUGUAUCCAAUCAGCUGAGAGGAAUUUACCAAAAAUCAUCUUCACCUAAAAACGCUAUGACUCCCUCCCCCUGUUUUUUCUGGCUAUUUAGGAAAACCGAGAGAAUAGUCCAUGUAUUUUGUCCGGUAUUUGCCUACACUUCCAGCACAUUGCCAGCGAUUUAUCAGAUUGCUCUGCUGGGUAAAGCACAGAAUGCUUGUAUAUGUGUAAUUGUAUCAAACUAGUUGUUACAUUUUGUAAAUUUUUACCUUGUAAAUUCAUUGUAAAAAAUGGGUAGUUUUUAAACUGAGAAAAGUGGUAUUCUUACAGUACACCAGCAUGUGACGUGAUAAGUCUGCUGGCACAACAGCACAACAGAUGCCCCUCAUUUUAUAUAUAAAUAUAUAUACAUUAUGUAUUGUGCUUCAUCUCUCCCAAGCACUGCUAGAAAUAGCUGACAGUUAAGUGACAGUUCUUUGUAGAUACAGAACGUAGAAAGUUAAGUUUCUUUGUAGUUCAUAUUUUGUAACUUUGUCUUGGAAACGGCAAAACAGCCUUCUAUAAAAUCACAUGAUAUAGGCAAUUAUUUUAAUGAUUAUACUAAAAGCCCUUGGUGGUGAAUACUUACUUCAUCUCACUUCUUUGAACUGUUAAUGUUCAGAAGUUUGAGAUGAUCAAUGCCCUAUAUUUUUUUUUGCUGAAAACGAUGGUGAUGUAUAGCAGCUUUGUAUAUAAGUGAAUAUUAAAUUUUUUGAGGUGGGGGGACAAAAUAUGGUGGUACUUCUAUACGUACAUAAAUAUAUAAAAAUUACGGUGAGAAUUUUAACAUUUCCCCCCCAUUUAUAGAGCAAGAUUUAAGUGCAUUUGCAUUUUAAACAGGCUGACAGGACAUACUUAUUUCAUCAUCCAUAUUGGUCAGGAAGAGGUGAAGGUCUAGACAUUUUUUUAUUUCAGCUUUGAAAUGUUAUAUAGAAAUCUUCAGCAGAGUUAGAAAUUAAAAGGGGCCAUCAGAAGGUAUACUUGAUAGCUCAUUCUGAGGCAUGCAUGAUUAUUCAAAUAGCCAUUGUUUUGCUUCAUAUAAAUAUGUAGUGUAUAUGUCUAGUUAAUUACAUAGAUGUAAGUUUACAGUUUCAAAUCUUGAAUUACAAAAACUUCUUUCUAUGUUUAUCACAGGCCUUGCUAACUUAGUAGUGAUGCUUUACUUUGUUUGUACAGUUGUACAUUUGUAAACCUUGAUGCUGUAAAUGUAAUGUCUUUUACCCUUUUGACAAAAAACGCAAAAAUUAGCAUUUUAGUGUAAAUUCACUCCCUCACCCCUUCCCUUGGCAUAUAGUGUUGUAUACUGUACAUUUCUUUGGAACUUUGGAAGAGUGAUUUUUAAAAAUUCUAUCUUUAUAUGGCUUCGGAAUUUGACAUUGCAUUCUUUUUAACUAUUAUUAGGAUCAGUAGCUUUUGUUUAUACAUGUAGUUGUUAAAUAUUCUGUUAAUAUGGUCAUGAAUUAUUCUGUCAUAAAUUGUUAAAGUACAUUGUGUUUAGAAAAUCGAAAGGACUGGACAAGACAUUUAGUUACCAUGGAAACUUUCCAUCUAGCCUGACAGGACUUUCUUUUGUACAGAAGAGUACUGUAUUUUGGAACAUCUACUAACUUGUAAGUGAAAGAAUGUAUGAUAUUGUCAAUUAUAAUAAUUUGAACAUUUGAGGCUGUAACACUAGCAGACGUUAUGUACAUUUACAGGUGGCCUUAUGUACAUUUCCCGAAGUAAUUAAAAUAUCCUUUUUUGCAGGCAGAAUUGUGACAAGAUAUGUAUAAUUAAACAAUUCUUUGUAACUUUUGACUCUGGAUAUAUUUUGAAAUCAGAUUUGUAAAUUCAGUUUAAGAAAAUUUUAAUCAUUUUUCUUGUAUUUCACUGACUUUGGUCAGCUUUUUGUAUAGGUGAUGAAUGUUAUGGAGGUUUGUUUUUUAUUUUUUUCUGAGUCCUCAGAUGACUUGGCUUUGGGCAGUCGAAAGUUUUAACUCGGGCUGUGCUUACAAAGGUCUGUCAUGGGUUAAGUUCAUGGUAAGUUUUAGGGGACAGAGAAAUUAUGUACAUUUAGUUUUUAUCCUUCAGCCUUAUUGUAGCAGUUUUUCGAGCCCAUUUGUGUUUAAAACCUCCUGAAGUAAUGCAGGUGACUCUUUUACAGUAUAUCUUGUCUGGUUUGUUCGAACACUCUCCAUCAGACCUGUUUCAGUUUUGUUAGGGAGCACUGCCCAAGUUUCCAUGGCAACUGUGUUUGUAUAAUGGCGGAUGCGUAAUGGCUCUAUGGUGUUCUCUUGGUUGGUGAUACAGGGGCUGUGCUAGUUCUGAAUUUCUGGAGAAGAAAAAUGUGACAAAACCACUAAGCUGUUCCUCUGACGUGUGUUUUUUUUUGAUGGAUGGUGUGUUUGGACCAGUUUGUCAUUCGUGUGUGAUCAAGUUGGCCACCAGUCUCCAUGGCAGUUCUACAAAAUUAUUUGUUAUUUGAUCAUUUGUAUAUGCUGUAUAAACAAAAAAGAGGAAAAAUGUGAAUAACAUUGUAUGAAAUAAACUUGGUCAUGUGUUUUCUGUAGGAAAA